CUCUCUCUCUCUCUCUCGUUCUGAUCUGGGAGGAAGCUCAGAGGAACGCUGCUUUCACGUGAUCUCCAGGUCUUAUUUCCCCCGUGUGAAGCAGUCCUUACAAAGUUAAUGCACUGCGUAAUAAAUCAUAGUAAAGUCUCUGUCUCGAUUUGAUUCUCGGCGCAAUUUGAAACAAAGGCUUUAACUUUGAACAGUUUCUACUUCAGUAAACUAGGUGGCGCUGUGUAUGUUAUUCUCUAUUUGGGAGAAGAAGUCUAGCUGUUCGCUCACAACAGCACAAGCCAGCAGAAAUGGUUAAAUAAUCCUAGCUUUUUAAAAUAGUGUUAGCUGUUUUUUUUAAUUGUUAGCUCUUUUACAAAUGGUGUGAUAGAUAUGUGAUAGAUUGUGUAGUGUUAGAUGUUUUGAGCUUUUUUAAGUAUUCGUUAUUUUUAGCUAUUUAAAAAUUUGUUUCAAAUAGUCAUAUUUAUUUUUAGAUAUUUCUAAAUAGUGCUAUCUUUUUUGCCCCUUUUUUGGUUUUUUGGUUUUGCUGUUGGGGCAAAACUUUGCAUCUCAAAAUUUUAAGAUGAACAGACCAACAGAAAUAGUCCGAAAUUAGUCUGAAAAAAUAAUUUCUCCAUUAACUUGCAUUUCUGAUUAAGUUACUGUAUGAGGUUUGUGUUUUGAUGGUAUAUUACUGUAUAAUAUAUAACAUUACAGGCCUGUAACCUUUUUCAGUAGAAGUUUCAAGUAGUUUGUAAACAUUAUUUUCAGGGUUCUGAACUGUAUCAUUCACUCCUCAGUACAUAGUCAGUUUUCCCACUUUUGGAAAAUAGGGCCGUGAGAUCACAGUGUGAAGGCUGGAUUGGACUCCUCCUCCUUUGGAACCUUGACCACCAUAAAGCUCUGAGCUCAGCAGUGUUCCUCUGAACUUCCUGAAAGGGUGUAGAGAACUUUCUUUCUGCCAUUGAUUGUGUUCCUCUGUUUACCUAAUCAGACCUUUAGAACCCCCGUAGUGAACCCCUGCUCUUACUCAAUCACCUGCACAGAUCUGGAGCUGGAGUUGGUAAUGAUCAGGACUGAUUGACUUACGUCUAUUGAUAACUGUCAGAAUCAGACUGUUUAUGAUGCCGCUGAUGCACAUUUGAGGUGUUUUUGAUGAAACAAUGCUGUUCCUGCUUUUCAUCAGUCCAACAUUGAUUUAGGAGAGGACGGGGAGGAGGUUCUCAGGUCGAGAUUAGGAGAGGACGGGGAGGAGGUUCUCUGGUUGAGAUUAGGAGAGGACAGGGAGGAGGUUCUUGGGUUGAGAUUAGGAGAGGAUGGGGAGGAGGUUCUCUGGUUGAGAUAAGAAGAGGACGGGGAGGAGGUUCUCGGGUCGAGAUUAGGAGAGGACAGGGAGGAGGUUCUCUGGUUGAGAUUAGGAGAGGACAGGGAGGAGGUUCUUGAAUCGAGAAUAGGAGAGGAUGGGGAGAAGGUUCUUGGGUCGAGAUUAGGAGAGGACGGGGAGGAGGUUCUUGGGUCGAGAUUAGGAGAGGAUGGGGAGGAGGUUCUUGAAUCGAGAAUAGGAGAGGAUGGGGAGGAGGUUCUUGGGUUGAGAUUAGGAGAGGAUGGGGAGGAGGUUCUUGAAUCGAGAAUAGGAGAGGAUGGGGAGGAGGUUCUUGAAUCGAGAAUAGGAGAGGAUGGGGAGAAGGUUCUUGGGUCGAGAUUAGGAGAGGAUGUUCUCUGGUUGAGAUUAGGAGAGGAUGGGGAGGAGGUUCUCGGGUUGAGAUUAGGAGAGGAUGGGGAGGAGGUUCUCUGGUUGAGAUUAGGAGAGGACGGGGAGGAGGUUCUUGGGUCGAGAUUAGGAGUGGACAGGGAGGAGGUUCUCGGGUCGAGAUUAGGAGAGGACGGGGAGGAGGUUCUUGGGUCGAGAUUAGAAGAGGACAGGGAGGAGGUUCUCAGGUGGAGAUUAGGAGAGGAUGAGGAGGAGGUUCUUGGGUUGAGAUUAGGAGAGGAUGGGGAGGAGGUUCUGUGGUUGUCAGUACCUGUGUGUGUUUAACAGCCCAACAGAUACACUGUGUUUGUGUGUAUGGGAAUGUGGAUUGUUCUGAUGUUCUGAUGUUCUGAUUGUUGUUGAUGUUGUUUACGGAUGUGUAACAGUUAUAAUGUUCCUCCUUUCUGUUCCCUCUUCCUGUCAUGGGUUCUCCUGUGUAUCUUGUAAACGGGUUCUCCGUGUGCGCCGGACUGUAAAUGUUCGUUCCAGGUUUGAGGAAGAAGAACCUGUCUCCGGGCGCCGUGGAGACGGAGGUCCGUGGCAUCACGGGAGUGGAUCUGUUCGGGGCGUCGGACGCUGUGGUCAAACACGUGCUGGAGGGUCACGAUCGAGGGGUCAACUGGGCCGCGUUCCACCCCAGCAUGCCCCUAAUAGUGUCGGGAGCUGAUGACCGGCAGGUGAAGAUCUGGAGGAUGAACGAAUCAAAGGCGUGGGAGUUGGACACCUGCAGGGGGCACUACAACAACGUCUCGUGUGCCGUCUUCCACCCUCGUCAGGAGCUGAUCCUGUCCAACUCCGAGGAUAAGAGCAUCCGUGUGUGGGACAUGUCCAAACGCACCGGUGUGCAGACUUUCCGCAGAGACCACGACCGCUUCUGGGUGCUCGGAGCUCAUCCCAACCUCAACCUGUUCGCCGCAGGUCAUGACAGCGGGAUGCUGGUGUUUAAGCUGGAACGUGAGCGUCCUGCGUACGCUGUGUAUGGAAACAUGCUUUACUAUGUGAAGGAUCGCUUCCUGCGCCAGCUCGACUUCAACAGCAGCAAAGACACUGCCGUCAUGCAGCUGCGCAGCGGCUCCAAGUUCCCCGUGUUCAGCAUGUCCUACAACCCUGCAGAGAACGCCGUCCUGCUCUGCACUAGAGCCACUAAUCUGGAGAACAGCACGUAUGACCUGUACUCCAUCCCCCGAGACAGCGACUCUCAGAACCCUGAUGCUCCGGAGGGGAAGCGCUCCUCAGGACUGACCGCAGUUUGGGUGGCCAGGAACCGCUUUGCCGUUCUGGACCGCAUGCACUCGCUGCUGAUAAAGAACCUGAAGAACGAGAUCGUGAAGAAGGUGCAGGUUCCGAGCUGUGAGGAGAUCUUCUACGCUGGAACGGGUUCUCUGCUGCUGCGGGACGCUGACGGAGUCACGCUGUUCGACGUCCAGCAGAAGCGAUCGCUCGCCACCGUUAAGAUCGCCAAAGUCAAAUAUGUGGUGUGGAGUGCAGACACCAGCCACGUCGCCCUGCUGGCCAAACACGCCAUCAUGAUCUGCAACAGGAAGUUGGAGAGUCUGUGUAACAUCCACGAGAACAUCCGUGUGAAGAGUGGGGCGUGGGACGAGAGCGGAGUGUUCAUCUACACCACCUCCAACCACAUCAAAUACGCUCUGACCUCUGGUGAUCACGGUAUAAUCCGCACGCUGGACCUGCCCAUCUACGUGACGCGUGUGAGGGGGAACAGCGUGUACUGUCUGGACCGCGAGUGCCGACCCCGCGUCCUCAACAUCGACCCCACAGAGUACCGCUUUAAACUCGCCCUCGUCAACCGCAAGUACGAGGAGGUACUGCACAUGGUGCGUAACGCUAAGCUGGUGGGACAGUCCAUCAUCGCCUACCUGCAGAAGAAGGGCUACCCAGAGGUGGCGCUGCACUUCGUGAAGGAUGAGAAGACUCGCUUCAGCCUGGCUCUGGAGUGCGGCAACAUCGAGGUGGCGCUGGAGGCUGCGAAGGCCCUGGAUGAGCGGAGCUGCUGGGAGCGUCUGGGCGAGGCUGCGCUGCUGCAGGGUCACCACCAGGUGGUGGAGAUGUGCUACCAGAGAACCAAGAACUUCGACAAGCUCACCUUCCUGUACCUGAUCACCGGAAACCUGGCCAAGCUGAGGAAGAUGAUGAAGAUCGCUGAGAUCAGGAAGGAUAUGAGUGGUCACUAUCAGGCCGCUCUGUACCUGGGAGACGUCAGCGAGAGAGUGCGCAUCCUCAAAAACUGCGGGCAGAAGUCUCUGGCGUAUCUGACCGCUGCCACGCACGGCAUGGACGAGGAGGCCGAGGCCCUGAAGGAGACCUUUGACCUAGAGAAGGAGAUGAUCCCGGAGGUGGACCCGAACGCCCAGCUGCUGCAGCCUCCUCCCCCAAUCAACCCGUUGGACACUAACUGGCCCCUGCUGACCGUCUCCAAGGGCUUCUUCGAGGGAGCCAUCGCAGCCAAGGGAAGGGCCGGUCAGAUGGCGGCUGAUCUGGACAUGGACGCUCCUGGAGGAGAAGGCUGGGGAGAGGAUGCUGAACUUCACCUGGACGAUGAUGGUUUCAUGGAUGCUCAGGACGGUCUGGGUGAUGAAGUCGGUGUGGGGAAGGAGGAGGGAGGAGGCUGGGAGGUGGAAGAGGACCUGGACCUGCCCCCAGAACUGGAUGUGCCUGCUGGUGGAGGGGGAGGAGCUGAAGGAGAAGGCUUCUUUGUCCCACCCACUAAAGGUGUUAGCCCCACCCAGAUGUGGUGUAAUAACUCCCAGCUGCCUGUUGACCACCUGCUCGCUGGAUCCUUCGAGACAGCCAUGAGGUUACUCCAUGAUCAGGUGGGUGUGGUCCAGUUUGGUCCGUAUAAGCAGCUGUUCCUGCAGACGUUCUCCCGCGGCAGGACGUGUUACCUGGGGCUGCCGUCGCUGCCCUGCCUGCAGGGUCACCCUCAGAGGAACUGGAAGGACAGCGGGAUGAAGGCCGGUCUGCCGGCAGUGGGCCUGCGCCUCGCCGACCUCAUCGCCCGCCUGCAGCAGUGCUACCAGAUGACCACAGCUGGACGUUUCGAGGAGGCUGUGGAGCGCUUUAGAGCUAUUCUAUUGUCAGUGCCCCUUCUGGUGGUGGACAACAAACAGGAGAUCGCAGAGGCUCAGCAGUUGAUCACCAUCUGCAGAGAGUACAUAGUGGGUCUCACGAUGGAAACAGAGCGGAAGAAGCUGCCCAAAGACACUCUGGAGCAGCAGAAGAGGCUGUGUGAGAUGGCGGCGUACUUCACCCACUGUAACCUGCAGCCGGUGCACAUGGUGCUGGUGUUGCGCACGGCGCUCAAUCUCUUCUUCAAACUCAAAAACUUUAAAACAGCCGCAGGAUUCGCACGACGCCUCCUCGAGCUCGGACCCAAACCUGAAGUAGCACAGCAGACGCGUAAGAUCUUGGCGGCGUGUGAGAAGACGCUGACCGACGCCCACCAGCUGAACUACGACCCCCAUAACCCCUUUGACCUCUGCGCAGCCUCUUUCACCCCGCUGUACCGCGGACGGCCCGUGGAGAAGUGCCCGCUGUCCGGCGCCUGUUACUGCCCCACGUACAAAGGCCAGGUCUGCAGGGUCACACAGGUAACGGAGAUCGGUAAGGAGGUGAUUGGUCUGCGGAUCAGCUCCCUGCAGUUCCGCUGAAGAGCCGAGGAUCUCCAACUUCAUCACAUCGCUUUCCUAUACAGACAACUACAGCCCAUAAAGCGUAGAGUGAAUAGAAAUAAACUGUUCUUUGUGUUUCUGUUAUUGUUCUUGUGCUGAAUCACUGACGCUCUGCGCUGCUCUCAGCAUAAUAUUCACGCAGUGCUUUAUAUUUCAUAUUCUGUCCUGUUUAACUCCUGAAAUACUGAAAUAAAGGUCCUGAAACGAUG